GUUGGCCCAUUCUUGAUUGUAUAAAUCUCUUGUAAAAGAUUGUGUAAAUUUCAUCGUUAAUAAAAUAGGAUUAUCUUCAACGCAUUCUAAUCACAUUCAAAUAAGGACACACAUUUUUUUUCAAAAAAAGCGGAAUGUUUCCAGAUGAAGCUGUCGUGAGUACUUCCUGCAUGUGAAGCAUUGACAUUUAUGAUUCGCAGUUCAUGAUCACAUAUCUACAAAAAUUUAAAUAAUUCUUCAAGUAGAAUGUAAUAAUAUUCGAAUUAUGUCUACUUUUUUAAACGUUCCAACAAGAAGCGGAAAGAAAAAUUGAGGAUUCAUCUUAUUUCGAUGCAUAUUAUAGAAGAAUGAAAAGAGUUCUUAAAAGUGAACAGAAAGAGAGUUCCAAAUUUUUUAUAACAAUUUGAUAGAUGUUGAAAAGAGGUUAAAAAGAGAGUAGAUAAGAGUGAAAGGAGGGUUUUGAGAAUGACAAAAGUACAAUCGACUAGGCCUAUAACAUUUGGAAAUUUGACAAUUCUUUCAAAUGAGUUCGAUAUUUCUUGUCGUCUAUUACGGCUCUUUGGAAAUUUAAUGAAUUCUUUUACAAGGUGUGAGUUUAUCAAACAAGUAACUUCUUGGAUUGCUCGGCUUAUCAUCGGCUGGCUCAUACACGUCAUAUAGCAUUGUCCAGUUACUCUCUGAUUUUUACUUAAACCAUGAGUGACGAAGAUGUUGAUACCAAAACCGGUAAGAAGAUUAGAGUUGGAAGAAUCAAAUAUAAACAACAGGUUUAUUUACUUUCCUGUAUAGAAGAGAACCCAAUUUUACUAACGAAGCAAUUCACUCGAGCAUUUUCUAAAGUUCUUUACAAUCAGGAGUGGGCCAAACUGACAGAAAACUUGAACAAAAUGUCUGAUAACAACAGGGAAUCUGAAAAAUGGCAGAGAGUUUUAGGAUCUUGGGUAAGCAAGGUGAAGAAUAAGGUUGCUGAAUUAAAGAAAAUCAAAAAAUCCACCGGAAAAGGGAAUCUACUGAAAACUUGCACAACACUGACAGAUUUGGAGGAACGUCUGUACGCCCUUAAAGGGAGAACAUCUGUUGAAGGAGAUGGAGAAACAGAGGAGAUAGGCUUUGAAAGUGACACUGAAGCUGUUGAUUUCGAUGAUGAACCUAGGCCUAAAAAACGUAAAGUUCCAACACCACCACCACAAGAAUCUAAGAAUGAACACCGUCAACCGGUCUUGGAACCAAAAAUAAUAGAUCUCAAUAGUAGUUCUAACAUACCGAUAAAUGUUUCUUCAGAAGAGGAAUUUGACUUUGAAACUGUUCCACCGCCCAAAAAAAGGGAGCUCUCUGUGGAAGGUGCUGCCAACUUAAGGAAAACAGAAAAUCAGAACCCUUCUGUAUCUACAAAUCCUAAGAAAACCAGAGGUGCUGUUUUAUUACAGAAAUUAAAAAAUUCGUCUUCCUCUUCACUUCAAGAUGAAAAGAUUUUGGAGUUUCGAAAAAUGCACGAAGAAGCAAUGACAGUCCAAACGGAAAUCAGAGAUACAUUAAAUAAUAUUUUAAACGUCAUAAUUCAAACGUCCGAAAACCUUUUGAAUUCAUUAAAUUCUCCAGAAUCUCCAGAAUAAUCGAAUACGAUAUUUUUUAAUGAGAACCAUUUUCUUCUUUACUGUUGUGAUACUAAUUCUUACAAUUCAAUCUAUUUUCGCAAUUUUGUUUCAAAUUUAAAUUUUUCAAUUAUAAAAAGACAGUAGAAUAGAUUUAUUUCAGCGUUGCCAACCUUGGCGAUUUAUCGCCCAUCUGGCGAUUUUUUUUGAUUGGCUUCUUAAAUUUUUAAUUUGUCGAUACGAGCCAAAUUAACUCAUUGUUAAUGUUGUAU